AAAAAUAUACUAAAUGGAAAAUAGGUCUAAAUAAGGAAAGAUAACUCUAUCAACAAGAGAAUUUAAAGAUUUAGCAACACGAAUCAAACAACGUGAUCAAAUGAGGAAACUUUCAAUAAAAGAAUGUGGCAAAUGAAAGAUUGUUGAUUACCACACUUUAUAGAGCUACUUCAAGACACUCAUACGAAGUUACCCAAUAAAAUUACUUUGACCUUGUUAAGAAAUAAAGUUAUAUGAUCUAGAAUAGAACCCGGAAGUAAAAGACAUAUGUAUAGAAUUUUUGAUUUAGUCAUAUUGUGUGUUUAAGUUUUCUUCCUUCAUUUAACAAAUUUUGUUACCGAGAGAUGGUCGCCUGCAAACGCCGGCAUGAGGAAAUUUUGACUGUAAAUGGUGAUCAUUAUGAAAAAUGUGUGAAAAUGAUGACUUGAUAGAAGCAUGUAAGAGCGGAUAUUGUGAUAAAGUUAUCAAUUUACUUCAAAGAAAUUUUACAGUUCACAUUCGGGAUUCAAAGCAAGCUACUCCGUUAUAUUACAGUAGUUGUCAUGGUUAUUAUGAUAUCAGCCGUGUUUUAAUUCAGUUUGGAAGUGAAAUUGACGCGCGUGUUCAGUGGGGUUCAACAGCCCUCCAUGCUGCUGCUGACCGAGGACAUAUUGAUUGUGUAAAAUUGCUAAUUCACAGUGGUGCUGAUUUAUCAAUACAGAACAACAGAGGGGACACAGCUGUUCAUUUAUGUGCUUACAGAGGAUACAUAGAAAUCGUUAAAGUAUUUAUUCAGCACAAUACCAACUUGUUUAUAAAGAAUAACAAUGAGAAGACACCAUCUGACGAAGCUGAAGGCAAUAACCAUCACAACACUGCCGAACUUCUUCGGCAAAAUAUGAUUGCAAUUCAAACGAACUUUGGACAUAUAGGAAACCAACAAAUCCGACAGAUACCUUUACAAGUCAAUCGCUCAUUGCCUACCAAUGUACAUUCACCUGCGUCUAUGUCCAUCCCGCCUUCAACAUCUCAAAAGAACGAUAAUUUUGUGAGAUAUAGUAGUGAUUUAACAGGAUUUACUCGACAGUCUGCACCAGUAACACAUACAGACCUGAAAGUUUAUAACCGUCCUAAUAGUCAUCCUUCAGCAAAUCAGUAUAGACCAGAAAACGAUCAGAGGCGAAGCGAGAAUAGUUGUAUUUUUAUUCAAAACGGUGGACAGAAUGGACAUUCGUCUCCCGAAAAAUUACAAAACGGCACGUUAAAUAUGAUAGAUAAUAAUAGAACACCGCUUCAUGUUCAAGGACGUGUAGCUAUGGAGAGUUUUGCAGAAACUCUACAAAUACAAUUAGUGAAAAAAAUCGAGGAAUGUGAUUCAAAAGAUAAGAUUAUUAAACAAUUGACUGAGACAAUUCAAACCCAGAAAGAUAAACUAGCAGCAAUAAGUCUUGCUUUUGUGCGAGUAAAAGAAGAAAAUGACAAAUUAAUAAAAAGUAAUGCGAGCGAUAUCAUUGACUCUAACUCACUAAAUGAACGAACACCACAGUGUAAUCACCAGGGUAUAUAUGACGCUUUACAGUUAUUGAAGCAGCGAAAUCAUAGUUUAAGUGGAGAUGAACAAAGUUUACAGUCUUUAAAAGAGGUUUUAAAGACUAGAAUGUUAACUCAAACACCACAUACCUCACUGGAUGUCCCUAAUAAGGAAUGGAGAGUGGGGAAAGAUUAUAUUUUGUUAGGAGACAAACCUUUGAACUAUUUCUCAAAUGAAGAUAGAGAUGGAAGUUGCUCUCUAGUGUUUCUUAUAAAUCACAAUAAGAAAGAAUACGUCCUGAAGAUGAUGACCAAUCUUAUAAAUCUACAGGCUAAUCAACAUGGAGAGGGACAUAGCAUGGAUCAAUUCUUACUUCAAAAUUUUGGUCCUGAACAUGACAUCCCGAUUCGACUUCCACAUCACCCGAACGUUGUAAAUAUCCGUCACUUUUAUAUGGGUGCUACCGAUAGAUUCAAGAAAUUCAUGAAUCUAUUGAUUCCAACGAAAAUUGAUGUUCCAAUUGAAAUGGCGAACAGAACUUCAUUUCUGGUGAUGGACAAAUAUCCUCAAACAUUAAAAUCUUUCAUGAUACAACAACGAUCAGCAUUUUCAGAGCCAAGUUUUGGACUUAAUGCAAACUUUAUUCUUCAUUUGUUGUACCAAAUACUAUCUGCAGUUCAUCAUCUCCAGAAAAAUGGUGUUGUACAUAGAGACAUCAAAGCAGACAAUAUUUUUCUUGACAAUUAUCUACGACCGGUUCUAACUGAUUUUGGAUUUGCAAAAACGCUAACGUGUUCAGAUGGUAGCCCUGUGACACUGACAGACGUACGACACGUGUUUGCUGGGAAUAGUCAUGCUUGGGCACCAGAACUGACAAGAUUUAGUAGAGAAGGACCACCAACGGAUACACAGGGAGAAGUAACAACUCUCCAGCAAAUUUACGGCAAGACAGACGCAUACGCAGUUAGCAGGAUGUUUUAUAGUUUACUUAGAUCUAUUGGCGAUGGAGACGUAUUUCCUCAGUCAUCCAUCAGUCGUCCACACUAUGAGAUCUCAGAUAUACCAGAACUUCCUGGGUGCUAUCAAAAAGGGCUGUGUUGGAUUCUACGUAAUUUGGUAUUAGAUGAUCCUGUUCAACGCAUUUCUGAAAGAAAAGCAGUGUUAUGUGCGGGGAUGAUGUUGUUUUAUCCCAGAAAUUGUGAAUUAAGGAUCGAAUCAGAAUCUGCUACAUACUGCCAAGCCAGAAUAUUAUCCUUGUUGUCCAUGCCUGACAAAUCAGAAAUUAAAACUGUAGAACAAUCAUUAACAAUGGAACAAAGUGUAGAAGCACUGUCUCCGGUGCUUGAAAGUGACUUUCUUUUUAACAUAUCUCCGUCAGAAUUCUGGGAAACAUUCCAAUUUCUCAAACUGAGGGACUUGCUAUGAACUGAACUGUUUACACUAUGUGUAUACUUUUUGUGUAUAAGUCUGGCGUGACACAUUUGAAUGCAUCUCUUUUAUAUAUAUAUUAUGCAAAUGUCUUUAAUUUAUGUAAAUGUAUUGUAUGAUCUACCUGCAAUGUACGUGUCUUUAUUUGACCUUGUUACAUUUUUUUUAUUCCAACGUCACUGUUAAGUCUUUUUUAGACAAACCGAAAUUUUA